GUCAGGCGUGUCUACAAAAAUUCACGCUAUGCCUGGAUACUUAAUCCAAGUAUCAAGAAUCUGUCCUGUGGCAGUGCAUCGAUCCUGAGUGACGGGGGCUGAGACUGAGUACACUCAAUCUUCGAAGCUCAAAUAAAACAAAACCAGACAAAAAAGUUGCCCUCGAUAAAGAAAAGAUGUAUCGAAGUCGGGAAGUCAAUGUUUUAUCCUUAGACAGUGCAGAUCGCAGCAUCGAAUCCCUUCGAUCACAAACACGCAAAAGGCCCAAACUGAAAAUUGCUGUUUAUGACGAGAGUACAAAAUUAAUCGUUCACUAUAAUGAAAACUUUUCUGCAAUCUAUCAUCAUGAUAUUUGGCUUAUUCCUUUCAUGAAGUCUGCUCUUCAUAGUGGCCAUUCUCUAGUCUUUUUGUUUUCUCGGAUGGCGCAAGAAAAGCAGCGGUAAUGCAGUAGCGGCUGUAUAUUUUUUACACUAGAAUUGUUUUAAUAUUCAGAGCAUCGCGAAUGUGAAUCAUGAAUAGAUCCAAAGCGAGCUUCUCUUUCAAUACAGUAAAUGAAAUCGUCUGCUAGUGGCAUCACCGUUCCGCCGACCGGUGGAACAAUGAUGAAGACCACCAUGUUCCUGGAGGGUGUCUCAGAAGACACCGGUGACGUCACUAUGAACGUCGAUGAUUUUGACGCCACGGCUGCUUCUGGCGAUGACCUAUUUGGAGACGUGCAAAUGAAACGAACGCCAACGGAUGUUGCACGCGUGGAUGACCCUGCACGGGGGAUGAAGCCUCUCGUGCCCAAGAGUGUGGAGGAGCAAAAGCGAUUCCGACCACCCCCUGUGGACGAAACCAUCAAGAGUCUACUGGGAACCUUUCGCCGGGGACACGUGACCACGGUGAGCGGAGGAGCCGCGCGCUCUACCUUUAUGCAGCGGGUGCACGACAAUGCCGCGCUGCGCGCUGGCAUAGCGAAGAGAGUCGCGGAUCCACGGCUAAGAUUGAAACCACAGCCAGGCCUCGGCGACGAUCUUCUCCGAGAAUUUCGAGACGAAAUGGCGGCGCAACGGGCGGCCAAGCUGAAGGAAGAGCAGGCAGGAAGUGGAAUUAUGUUAACCUUCGCCAAUCAAGUUGGUUCAAGAUCUUCUUCUUCAGCCCUAAUUUCCAUUGUAGGAACAAGUUCCAUUUAUUCUACAGCUACUUGCGCUUUAUUCGGUCAUAUGGUUGUAAGGAUACGCUAAGGAUAAGCCACUUUAUUUUAAAAAUAAAUUGCUGGCACCUUCUCUCAUCAUUUGAACUAUUCCUAUUUGCAGCCAACUCUUCAUCGAGUAUAGCAGAUUGUUGAGGGCCGCAUCUUGUAAUCAAAACACUUUACUUCGCGGUCACGGUCUACUGUCUAUAAUCUCGAAGUUUUGCAUGGCAUGGCAUGAGUCUCGCAUAGUCUUACAUGUACUAUCUGGGAGACUAAACUAUAUCAAGGACACGCUUUGCGCAUCAUGCGAGGACUCAGAUUUAUUACAUUGUUAGCAUGUUGUGGAAUUCUUCUGAUUCACAACUACACUAGCGCGCUAAGAAUUCUGCUACAUCAGCAGACGCUGCUCCAGCUGCAGGUGGAAGUUCGAAUGCGGGAGAAGGUGAAGAGCUUGAAGCAGGCCCAUUCCAUACGUCAGUGAAACAGAUCCUUGCGAAUGAGAUGGGAACUGAGGACUCUAGAGCAGUGAAGAUAAACAAGUACGUCUACUCCGCAGACCCAAAGUACAUCGAGGUGAAGAAUCACCUUGGCCGCUACUACAAGGUACUUUCGGCUACUUAGAAAAUACCUUCUGCGGCGGCUAUUACUUUCUUUUUGAAUGAAUACUUUAGUUCUACAUAGAAGAAGAAAAAAAAUCUUAAAUGGCCGCCCAAAUGAAAAUGGUAAGUCAAGAAUUGCGUAUUUUUGACUUCAAUCAAAUAAACGUGAUUCAGUUGAAGUACAAGAACAAAUAUGCGAGUUCCGACAGCGAGGACGAGAGUAAGAUGCCUCCGCCGGGCCUUUUCUUUCCGAAUGAGAAAUUUUUCAGCAGACUGAGAAAUAUGUUUAACGCUAUCCCCGAAAGGGAUCCCGGGAACAAUCGGAAGUUUGUGGACCGCAUGCACGCGUUUUAUCGUGCUCAGCGCGAGCUUUUUUGCCGGCCACGAGAUCUCGUUGACGAACCAAAAACACCGGAUUACCUCCUGAAUUAUGUCAUCAGUCACUGAAAGCGAAAGUUCAUUGUGUAGUAUCAGAAACCAUUACCAUUCACUUCAAUCCAUUAGGAGGGUAUCCACUAAAAAUCCAAAUCUUAAUCUUCUGAGUUUGAAAUUUCAUGGAUUUCCAUUAUGAUACCUAGUUUUCCAGAUUAUUUACAGAUAGCACGCGGAAACCAUUGUACCUCUAAUUCACACCGGAUAUGGUGCGCAGUGGCUAUCGCGCAGAGUAUAAAUCGUCCCCUGGACGAGGAUCAACAUCUCGACCAGAUUCUGCGGCAAGCUUCACCGCACUGAAGAUGGAAAAGCGACCAGGGAGGUAUCUCAAUCUGUAUGAUUUAUCUGCUCCAAGGGCCAUGGGUCGCGUUCUUUCAUGUUUGUUCUCCUUGUUGUGGUUUAUGUAGGUUUCAGGAAAUAAAGAUGCCUCGUCAUAUGAAUCUCCGCUACUUAACUAGUAUUCGGUCGUUCUUGAAUUGGAAGUUCCAGUCAGUUUUGACAGGGACAGUGCUGGAGGCCUGUUAUGACAUUCUAGCGAUGACUGAUGCGUAUGCAUACUCCAGCUCGCGGGCUCAGCUGCCGGGAUCAGCACGACCUGGCUCUGCGCGACCUCCAAGUGCACAGGAACGCACGGUCUAUUCACCGGCGAAGCGACAGAAGGCUAAUCCUCCUGGCAGAAAGUACACACGUCCAAACUUUAUGGCUUCAUUGAUAUAUAUUGAUAUCUAGGCUCUGAGUUCUAGGCUCCGUGUGUUUUCUAUCCGUUGUUAAAAGAAUUUCAUUUCCUUUGGUCUUCCUCGGUCUAUCUCAUCAAUAUUGAUAUAUGUAUCAGGGAGGGAGGCCCCCCCCUGUGGAUGAGGCGGUGGUGGCGUCCGCGCGCUAUUUUUUUCGCGGUGGUGAUAUGUACAGACUCACGGAGGGGAAGGCCUCAGAAGGCGGAGCCUGAGGCCGGCGGCUCUCCGCGUGUUCCGCGCAGGCGUCCCGACUCUUGGACCUUAUCAGAGGGACGGCCUCCAGGCUAAGAAGGCCGCCGAAGGCGGCCACGGUCGCGAGGCCUGGCCCCUUUGGCCCUCCUGUGGUGCAGCAGGUGCCAAACUCCUCCAGUGAAGACCCGCACAUAGGGCACAUCUGCCACGGCAAGGGGAUCCACCCUCGCCACCUUUGCCAGGUCUGUAGGGUACAUGCACCACGGCAAGGGGGUCCAGCCUUGCCACCUUUGCCAGGUCUGCAGGGUACACGCACCACGGCAAGGGGGUCCCGCCUUGCCACCUUGGCCACCUUCGGAGCCCUUCCACCCCCGGCCUUCGGUGCUUCAACGGCCUCACGGCUGGGCGCUCUGUAGGGUCCAGGCAAGAAGCCGGAAGGGGUCGGAGGUGGGCCCUUGGAGGCCUUCCCACCCGGCAGUCCCUCGCGAAAAAGGGUCCGGGGCUGGAGGCCCCCCUCAAAGAGUUAGAUCGGGGGGCCUCCGGCCCUGAGCCCUGGAACACAUAUGAGAGUGGGGCUGACAAGUCUCGCAUCGUAAUAAGACCGGCGGAUCACACAGGAAUGCUUUAAGAGAGAGAAUGUUUUAAAGGAAGGAAGAACGCCAAGACGAAGCUGCAUUUAAGAAGCGAUGCUUACUAUUACUUACUGUUCUAAUUGCUCGCAUUCUUUUACAUACAACUACAAGGAAGAUAGAAUAGGAACUACAACAGCAUAUUUCUAUUAUUCAUAUUUAUUUAUCAGAUAUCACCAAACUACUUACAAUUUACAAAGCCAAAGUCAGUGUGCGGCAUCUACUUGUCCGCCAUGGAUUCAAGUAGAAGUUUUUGGAAAGCUCUGCUAAUGUUUCUGCAAAGCAGCGGCCAAAUUCUGCUCUUCUAUCGUCUUCCACGACUAUGCAGCGACCCCUUUCGGCGCUCAGUACCUGCACGCCCUCGACAACAUGGGAGAGGCCGGGAAGCGGCUCUAUUGCAGGUGGAAGCACGUCAGCCUCGAGUAUUCCUUAUUCAAUUCGUUUUAGAGUAUACUUAUUUGAGCUGCUUGUUAUGAUAAAUUUAAAGAUCUCUAAUUAAGUAAUUCUUGGGUAGUAUCAUUUGCUACUUACAUCAUGAACUAGCUGCGGGUUAGCAGUUGCAUCUUUAUGUAUUCUGACAACCGCGUAGACGUAGCGUUAAGGAGCUAGGCGUAAGCUUGGAGAUUAUCAAGUAUUUAAUGGACAAUAUAUUUAUACUCAUAACCUGAAGAAGUUAUAGUUACUCAUCGAAGUUAGUAGAAGUACAUCGAUUUCGAUGUGCGAGAUAGUGUUAGUCGGCAUGAUACUCAUAGAUACUUACUUGCACUCUACUUCUUGAUCGUCAACAUCGCAAAGAGGGAAAUCUUAAUCUCGUCUAGUUAUAAAUAAAUACUUACUUAUGUCCUCCAGUGUCUCGUCCGUGGUCUGCCGUGUCGUGGUCUCAGCGCGAAUUCUCAGGUGGGAUGCGGCGACGUCCCGGCUCAGCCGGUGUGAGCCGACGAGAGAGGCCAGCCAGUGCAACUACGCGGCCAAUAGCGGCAGAGCACGAAAGAUUCAUGCCGCGACCACACAGCGCAAAGCCGCGACCACUCAGUGCCACGUCAAGCACGGUCGGUCUGAGCGCAACAAUCCGACCUCACAGUGCUACAGGAUCCUUAUGACAGAGAAGCUUCAGAUAUAUUUAUAAAUAUAUAGCUAUAUAUACAGUUUUUUCGCUCUCUUUGCAUCACAAUAGAACACUUCAAUCUACUAAGACUUAUACUUGCUUGGGUUUUGAACAGGUGGAAGCUCUAUACUUGUUGUGCUCGUCGUUUCAAGAGGCGGUCGUCGUGGAAAUCCAAAUUAUUCCGUUUGCGUCACUGUCCGCACGCGUAGGCGCAAGGGUGUGUGUGUGUGUGUGUGUGUGAGAUUGUGCGAAGUAGUAGGUAACUAAACUAUGAGCGAGGAUGUAGGGGAGUAGGACAUAAUUUUCUCUAAUGGCUGGCACCUCGCUUUUUGGAGGGUCCUCUCCACGUUCGAGUACAAGGCCACCAUCUACAAGGCCACCAUCUACAAGACCGACGAGUGCCCAAAUGCGACCACAAAGCGCACAAACGGCUGAAUUUCGAAAGCUCGCAAAUCUCACUCGACCAAGCAGCGCGAAUAGGUUCAUUUUGAUACUCAUAAUUAUGUAUCAUCGAUGUAUAUGUUCAUGUUGGGCGGAAGUGUUGUGUAGCGCAAUCUACAGUCGUUUCUUGUUGUUCGAUACUUGGAGAUUACUAUGGAGUAUGUACCGGCGUGCUACCGAUCUGCUCCCGCUCUCUCCUGGAGCUAAUUUUUGGACAACAGAACUCCCACACAAUCACGACAGCCUCCACUCUAUCGGGACGUUUCGGAGCCGCUAUCCGCUCCCCGCAGACGCGCUAGAACCGGAUGUUAGGACUCAGCAACACCUUCAAGAAUACGAAUAGUGUACCUCCUCUUUAUUUUACUAGUGAACUUAAUGCUGGCUGCUGCUCUAGGAGCAUCAUAUGUAUAGAAAUUCCUCUGCGAAGAAGCGACUCCGCAGUCUCCGAAAAUGUUUAUGAUUGCUGAAAAAACGCGCUGAUCCCUUCAUCAAUUUUGCGCUAAGAAUGAGUUCGACGAAAUGAUGAAUCUUGACACCAACCCGAAACCGGAUGGACCCUUCGAGGCAAUGGAGCGUCGCUGGCUGCAGUUCAGACAACGGGAAAUGCAACAAAAGUUAAGGAUGUCGUAUACUAGUACGUCACCUCCACUAGUGUCCUGCUGCUUUACCUUUAAGAAGUUUUGGUUUAUUUAUAAUUCCGAUUCCGUUGUACUACAUUAUAAUUGGCUACCUAGUUGUACUCGAGGUUUUGGCUUAUUGUCUUUCACCGAUAGAGAGAAGAUGAUCAACAUUUUCUGGCGGGAGAGAUACAUUUCUUACGCUUUAAAGCAAAUGCAAGCUGACGAAAUGAAAGAAGCAGUAGCAAGCUGGCGGGAGUUUCGCACGCGUGUAGAAGAGAAUACAGUGCGGAGGCAGGCGAGCAAAGCAAAACUCGAGCCACAAGGACCUGAUGUCUUCACUUUUCAUCAAGCGUAUGGCAUGUUCAUAAAUCGAUAAGCGACAUAGAUUAUCUACAGCAAACACGUGUAGAUAGUAAAAAGAGCAGAGCCAGCUCCUUGAGGUCGUUUUGCUUGGCAUCAUUUCAGUCUGAACGGAACUUCCACUUCGGUCUCUUUUCCUCCGCAUCUCCCGAGGUCUAGUGUUAUAGUUAUUUGUAGUUCCCUUUUUUCAUCAUCAUCUACAAGUGAAGUUUCUAAUAGUUGUCGAGGCAUACGCGGCCUCAGAGUGCGCCAGUUUCUCGCUCUACAACGAAGUUUGCGAUUGUCCCAGAGCGCGAUCCACGAGACCUGACGCAGCUUGAGCGCUUCGCAGUAGAGGGCGUGAUGUCGAAUGGGUAUCUGUUGAACCCCCACGAGGAGAAAAAGCAAGGUGAGGAAAGCACUGGAGCUGGAGCGUUAAGGCUUCUUGUUUUUCUUGCCGUGUUUGACUUGGUGUUGGACUACACUUACUUCAUACUCUAACUAUGUAUAGGCCUGGUACGUAGUGGGACUGGGAUCCUUAAGAGACCGGGGUCGCUCCUUGGGCUUGGGCGCCCCCUCCUUGAUAACAGCACAACCACAAGCACAGAGUAGAAACUUCAGAGAAAACAAAAAGAAAGCGACUGAAUACGAAAGCCAAAGCAUGGGCACGGAACGCCCGCCCCUUGGCGGCCGCCGUCGAGAUGAUGGAGAGGAACGAAGACCGAAGCAGCCCACGCCAUCCCGAACCCUUGCGCGCGGCAUCAAUUUGGCAUGCCACGCCAAUGAGACAGGCCGGGCGGACAUGCACGCGCGGGGGCGGGGGUGUUGCCAAUGCCGUUGGGGGCGCUCGACGUCGAUGAGCCCUCCCAAGCCCGCGCGUUCUGCUCGUCCUCGCUGGUCCCGCCCAGCUCGCCCAGACAGUUUGCCAGCUUUGGCCGCUCAGGCCCAUCCGGUCUGGCCUGGGCCGCCCACGUUCUCGCCUGGGGCUAGCUGCUCCCCCUCGGGUUUGUCCUUUGGCUCAACGAGCGGGGGCUGCCCAUUGGUCCCACCUCGGCCACCAAAAUACCAUACGACCUCCCCAAACACAGCACGAUCGACCUCCCAAACACAGCGCGACCCCCUAAGCACAGCACGGCCCCGAGAUACAACGUGGCCGCGCAAUUACAGCGCGCCCCCCGAGCAAUACACGAAGCACCAAAUGCAACACGACGACCCCCCAAGCAACCCACUAUGGCCCCCGAAACACAACACGAGCACGAGCACGGGGGCACAGCAUGACCCUCCGCACAAAUUGCGGCCAGUCAGUCCCCAAAACACAAAGGAUAAGGAAGCAGUCCCGCAGACAGCACGCGGCCCCUGAGAUAUGACUUCACCCGCCCCCUUGAAAAAAAAGGCAUGGCCUUAGGGGGCGCCACGAUUCCCCCGACGCGCCCUGCAGUGCUUCGGGGGAGUCGUGGCGUUGACGCGUCGCGCGUCUCACGCAUAGGGGAAAGCAAGUCUUCCUCUUCCCCCCCUAUGAUGGGGGGGAAGGGGAAAGGGUCGGGGCUUGCGGUCUAUACGGCGCUUGCCAGGUCUUACGGGGUAGGCCCCCCCUACCCUACCCCUUCCCCCAACAUAACCCUCCCCUAGGACCCCCUUCUCCCCCCGACAAUCCUUCCAAAAACCCUUGCCAAAUUUUUUGAUGAUUAGAACUCUUUUCAUCUUUCCACGCUGCGUCAAAAGAUGAGUGAAGUAGGUGUGCCUGCGUGUCAACAACAAUAUGCGAACAAUAUUAGAACUAGUACUAGACCAUAUGGAAUUGAAACUACAAGAACAGGGACGAUAGAAGUAGAGCAUAACAGGCAGAAUGAACUUGUUCUUGGUUUACUUAGCUCUAAGAGCCGCGGCACCAAGCGGGAAAGGCGCAUCAGACAAGAAAGGCGGCAAAGCGGAUGCCGCAAAGAAAGGUGGAGGCGAUGGUGGAGCCGUAGAUCCACUCGCGUUAGACCUGCCGAAGGGUAUAGACGGAUGGAAGACCGGUCCUGGUCUCGCGCCCUUCCCUGUAGAAGUUAUGAAGAUGAAGCUGUCCACGAAUCAUGUAGCAGUAGCGAGUUUUUCAACACAUAGCGAUGGCAUAUGAGUUGAGAAAGAACAAAUGAUUACUAGGUGGGUUCGGAUUCAGACACGACAACCAUUCUUGCUUGCUCGAAACGCCAGGGACGACCAUUCUACUUGCUUGUUACUGUGUGUGAUGAGUGCAUCCAUCGGAUAUGAAUUAUGUUCGUUCACCUUCACCUCACCAAGUGCAUCAAGUCAGCAAGCCAAAUAAAAAAGACCAUCUUCGCCCAUCUGAGCGAGGUCCAGAUCCACAGUCGAAAUGAGUAUGAGCCAGAGCCGUAUUAAUAGAUAAAUACCAUCAAUAUUGGUAAGGAAAUCAAGCCCGUCUAAGAAAAACAGUAUAUCUUGUGGAAAUAAAGACGUUAUCGUGGAAGACGUGAGGAAGACCGAAAUGCGGAGGCUCCGCAAGCUCUUGGCACCAUACUUACACGAGCCGGAGGAACCACCGAUCGAAAUCGACCACAUACACGAUCAUUCCGCAGACGCUCACGCAGAAGACCUCCAGACUUGCGUACUCAAUAACGUCUCAUUGGUCCAAUCGUCAUCAUGAUUGAUGGCAAUUUAAGUAUGCUUUUGCUUAGACUUAACGAGAAGUUGUGUAGGUAUCUACAUGACCAACUAUGCGUGGCAAGGAAGUGAAGUACUAUAGAGCUGCCCUCGUUCACCAAAAUCAUUACUUCGAUCUUCACUCAGCAAUUGUGGGCCGGCGUACAUAAAGUGCAAAGCGCAUACGCUGACGAGCGGACAGCGCAGCGAGCCGAAAUUCAAGCGUGCAAAGAUUAUGGCUAAGUACAUAUUUUCUGAUAAUUGAUCGUGUUUAAUAGAAUUUAAUCCGGUAGUAUAAUCCCGCCAAGUGUAAAGGAGAAUGAUGCCCGCCUCGAUUUUCUAGCUAUCCCUACUGAUUCGAGGGUUUACGAUCUUUCAAGUUCAACUCGGGAGUACUAUUAUAAAUAAAGCAUUUCGAUUUUGGACCAACCUAGUACCUCAAACUUGAGAUCCUAAUCCUUCUUUACAACAACCAUCAAUCAUACACUUCAAUUUAUCAACUUUCACCUACUUGUAGUGUCGUCCUCUUUGUCUCUAAAACGAAAAGCUUCAACGGAAAAACAUUUUUAUCUCGGAAGCAACGCUGACAGAAGCACUGUUGCGACCAUACGAGAGGCUUAAAAUCAGGGACGGACUCAGCCUCGCGGUUCCAACGUUGCAAUUCAACCCUUGCAUGGCCGAUCCGAUGUCGAAACUCACAGGAGGAAAGAAGAAGAAGAAGAAGAAAAAGUAG